AUGCAACCCCUUAGUCCAGAAUAUUUGAGUUUUCCUAAAAAGAAUAGUGGUUUCAUUCCUCCCUUUCUUCCCUUCCAUAUAUUUCGUAAAGCAAUGAGUAAGGUUAACAGCGAAACUCUGAGCAAGGCUCUUGAUAACAUUCUGGACUACUCUGCCGGAAAGGAGAUUGAGAUGGACGGUGAGACUCUGAAGGGAAAGAAGAGAGGUUUCGUGGAGACCGUGGAGCUUCAGGUCACUCUGAAGCAGAUUGACCCUGCCAAGGACAAGCGUUUCGCUGGUUCCUUCCAGCUCCCGAACCCCACUCGUGCUAAGAUCAACGUGUGCGUGUUCGUGAACGAUAAGCACGAGCAGCUGUGCAAGAAGGAGAACAUCCCCUGCAUGAACGUGGAUGAGAUCACCGCCAUCAACAAGAACAAGAAGGUGAUCCGCAAGCUCUGCAAGAAGUACGACGCCUUCCUCGCUUCGGAUACUCUGAUCAAGAAGCUUCCCAGACUGAUAGGACCUGGUCUGAACAGAGCUGGAAAGUUCCCCUCUGUGAUCACCAACAGCGAGGAUCCCGCUGAGAAGGUGAAGGGCAUCCUUCACACUGUGAAGUUCCAGAUGAAGAAGGUGCUGUGCCUGUCCGUGCCUGUGGGCCAUGUGGAGCUCACCAAGGACCAGCUGAAGAGCAACAUCGUGCUCUCCAUCAACUUCCUGGUGUCUCUGCUGAAGAAGAAGUGGCAGAACAUUAAGGUGGUGUACAUCAAGUCCACCAUGGGACCUGUCCAGCAGAUCUACUUCUAAGGAAUGGAGUUACCACCAGUUUCGACUGGGAGCUGUUACCUCAACCACCCUUUCG